AUGGACGCGCAAAUCAAGAGGCAAUUGACCACAGCCGGUUACAUUGAACGCUUUUGGGAAAAUCUUCUCAAGGCCGGAAAAGAAAAAUUAACUCGUGCACAUUUGACGGCACAUCUUGAACUUUUAGAGUCAUAUUGGUCAAAAUUCUUCAAGAUUCACAACGAAUUGCUAGUCAUGGAGAGGAUAGAAACCACUGAGUACAUGAAGCAAGAUUUGUACUCCAAGACAGAAGAAAGUUAUAUUUCCACGAAAACCACAAUCACUGCAUACUUGCAGAACGUUAAACCGGUCAGUUCUCCGGGAUCCAGUGAAGCAAGCACGGUCCUCCGUCAAAUUCAAUUACCAAAGAUAAAUCUGCCCACUUUCAAUGGCGAUCAGCUGGCAUGGGAUAGCUUCAGAGACCAGUUCAUGUCGCUGGUUCACGAGGUCGAUGGACUCGCUCCCAUUCAAAAGCUGCAAUACUUAAGGUCCAGCCUCACUGGUGAGGCCGCUGCAGUUGUGUCCGGUAUUGAGAUGACAGCCAACGGUUAUGUAUCGGCGUGGGACGAGCUAGUGACACGCUACGACAAUAAACGAGUUCUUUUAUCGAGUCAUAUGCGCGCCCUAAUUUCUUGUGCUCCGAUUACAAAGGCCGCCGAAAUAAACAGGCUCGUCAGUGCCGUCAAUCAGGCAGCUCCCUCUUUCAAAGCUUUAAAGCGCCCGGUAGAGCACUGGGACGACUGGUUUGUACAUAUCUUAGUGGAAAAAUUGGAUUCAUCUUCGCGUCUUCUCUGGGAAUCGUCACAAAAAUCUAGACCGAUGUGA